AGCAUAUUCAAAUUGUAUAAAUAUAGAUGUAAUAUAUAAUAAUUGUGUACUAAUAAUAAAUAAUAAAUAAUAAAUAAAAUGUAAAAAUAUUUCAAAAAUGUGUCAAUUUUUUUUGCAGUUUUGGGGGACCGAAUAUACGGCUAGAGAAAAACUGUAAAAACUGUGGAAUCUGAAAAAGGGAGGACGAUAUCGAAGAUUGAAAAUAUUAGUAAUAUACACUAUUUCAUUAUCUUUCAAAGACAAACCAGUUCAUUUUAAGUCAAUUGAUUCAUAUAUAAGCCAUGACUAUCUCACCAAAGUAUUCCUUAACUCAUUACUACUAUUCUGCUAAAUUCUUAGCUUCAGCAGCCACACCAGUUGCACCCCACGUUAUUAAUCUUUACUUAGAUUAUAAUUGUCCAUAUAGUGGUAAGAUCUUCUUCAAAUUGAAAGAUACUGUCAUUCCAAACUUAGAAAAGAAGUAUCCUAACAAGUUCCAAUUUGUGUUUGUUAAUGUUAUUCAACCAUGGCAUCCAAAUUCAGUGUUACUUAAUGAAUUCUCAUUAGUAGCUGCUAGUCUCAUCAGAGAGAAACAAGCUGAAAAUUCCAAUGCUUUAUUCUGGGAUCUUUCUGAAAGUAUCUUUAAACAUAAGGAAGAAUUCUACGAUACUGCUACUGUUAGUUUAAAUCGUAAUGAAAUUUACGAUUAUAUCUAUCAAAUUGUAGUUAAGGAUGUUAAAUUACCAUUCACCAAGGAUGAAAUUUUAUCUCAAUUACAAAUUCAACCUCAAACUGAAUUAGCAAAACAAAGUAAUUCUGGUAAUGGUGCUACUGUUGAUGUUAAAUACUUUACUAGAUACUUAAGAGGUGUUGGUGUUCAUGUUACUCCAACUGUUAGUGUCAAUGGUAUCGUUAAUGAUUCUAUUUCAAGUGGAUCAGAACCUGAAAAAUUAUCUGAAAUUUUCGCUAGUAGUUUAUAAGCUUUUAAAAUCUACGAUUGAUUGAUCUUUUAUAGUGUUGUGAAAUGCAAAGUAUAAGUUUUAUUUUGGAAAUAUACAAGAGUUUAUAAAGAGAGA